CGCAUCCCUCUUCCUCACCGUCUCCAACCCCGGGCUAAAACCCUACCGCGUCGCCAUGGCGCCGCAUCCGCCUCUCUUCCCUCCCGCCGCCUUCGACCGCGCUGGCGGCCUCCCUCCCUGCGAGCCCAGCCGAUUCUCUUCCAACCCUACCUUCGACUUGGCCUUUCUCAAGGCGGCCUUCGACGGCGAUCUCCGCUUCGUCAAGAGGGGCGCGAGGGUGGUGGGCAGGGGGGCGGAAGGCCGUCGCCUGGCCGAGAUGCUGGGCGCGGUCAGGGACGGCUACGGCAAUGGCCUGCUGCACUCCGCCGUCCUCGGCGGCAGCCUCCCCGUGUGCCGCUACCUGGUCGAGCACCUCCGGAUGGAUGUCGACGAUGUCGGCCCGUUCGGCGGUACACCUUUGACCUUUGCGAUUGGCCGUCGGAAUGUGGAUUUGGUGCGUUACUUUCUUGAUCAAGGUGCUGAUGUACACAGGGUCAACCACAGUGGCACUCCUCCUCUCCAUCUUGCUGUCGGAGAAGAAGGAAGCUGUGAAAUAGUGGAGCUCUUACUCUCCAAAGGAGCUUAUGUUGAUGCAUUAAACCUUGGUGGGACAGCUCUGCAUAUUGCUGCCCGUCAUAGGAGGGAUGAUAUUAUGAAGGUUUUGCUGGACCACCAUGCAGACCACAAGAUAGCUUUGGGUGGUACUGGUUAUACAGCUCUUUUUAUUGCUACUGCUAUGUGCUCACUGAAGUGUGUGAAGCUCCUGCUUGAGGCCGGUGCUGAUGUUGAUGGUGCUUGUAAAGAGACACCCUUAAUGAUCGCGGCCACAGCUGGAUCAACUGAUAUCCUUAAGUGCUUAGUUCUGGCUGGCGCAGAUGCUAAUAUUCCUAACAGUCUAGGACGUGCUUCUAUAGAAAUUGCUGCUCGUUCUGGUAGGCGUGAAAAUGUUGAGAUUCUGUUUCCUGUCACUUCUCAGAUUCCUAGUGUACGUGACUGGAGUGUUGAUGGAAUCAUUACUCAUGUAAAAUCAGUGCGCCCAGUGAAGAAAGUGAUGCUUGCUAGUGCAAAAUUUAGAGCGCACGAAGCGUUCAAGAAUGGGAACUAUUAUGCUGCAGCACACAUUUAUAGAGAGUGCAUGCUUUGAUCCAUGAUGCAGUUGGAUCAGGGCCAGAACGAACUGUGCCAUACAUUUAAUUGUUGUGGACAUAGGAGGCCAUGCAGCAGCAGUAGCAACAGCAUAUACGUGUAGGGGUAGGAUGUGAUUAAUACUAGCAGCCAGAUUACAAGGCUACGAGGGAGAAGUUGACACCUAGAUGAUAUCCAUGAAGAAUAGUAGAAGAAUGGUUUUGGAAUUGGCUUAGAGAUAUACUCCGUGGAAUUAGCAAGUGGAUUUCAUAUGUGUCGGUAGUCUAUUAGGCAUUCUGGUUGUGGUUGAAUCAUUUCUAGGUGAGUCUUGUCAAUCUAUAACUUGGAUUCAGUUAGGAUGUCUAAGUAGUCUUUAUAAAUGGAUGAUCCUUACGUGGUUCAAAUGAAGGGAGAUGGUAAAUUACUCUAUCUCUUGUCUAAAGUUCUCGUUCCAGUAUAUCUCUGUUCGCCUGCUCAACAAACCCUAUUUCUUUCAAGCUGUCUGGCCAUCUUCUGUUGCUAGUUACCCUGAUGCUCUAGGUUCACAUCAUUUGUGGGACUACGUUGUAAUGAGUAUUGCAUGUUCUUUGUUAUGUUAUAAAAAAUCUGUGAACAACUUGCGUUUAGUAUGUACAUGUGCUCUAGACCACCUUGUAUUGCCCAAGGGUGGAUCCAAUUAAUAAAAUUUCUGGCUCAUAGCAUGGAAAUGGCA